AAAGAUCUCAUGAGAGCCCGGGUGGGGGCUGUAAACAUGGCUACCAUUAGUUACCAGAUGUCUUUAUCACAAUGUAGAGGAGAAAACGAGCCUCUCUGAAUAGAGUCAGAGCUACAACUAGCGAGCAAAGAGGUGGGAAGGGGAGGAAAAAAACUCUUCCUGAUCCAACAGAGUUGCAUGCCACGAGAAGGGCACUGUGUGGAUCUACUGAAGCCUAUAAUCACAGCAGGACAGCAGCUCCUGUCCAGAAGACUCCAGCUGUAGUGUGCGUCUUGUGCUCUUUAGCAAAGGGACGGAGGGAAAAGUGUCGCAACAUGACAGAGAAGAAAGACAGCCUGGCGUGUGCUGACUCAGAGCUGGCACAGUGCGAGGCCGAGGUGGGCACUUUGCUCCAAAUCAUAUCUGAGCUUAAUGUGAAGAUGGGUGCCUUGAAAUUAUCACGGGAUCGAAAGGGCUAUGAGACACAGAACCAAGCCUGUAAGCCGGUUUCAGACCUGAGCUCCAGUCCACCAGCACCACAGAGCAGCCCAGUGGUUCACGCUGGAACAACAUCUGCAGAGUCAGUCACCAAGCAACACUCAGGGGAAUAUGAAGGGUGCAGUGAAGAGCUAUGGACAAAGCUCCAGGAGGUUUUGUCCACUCUGGAGUCAUCAGCCGGCAGAGGGAGAAAGCUGGUCACCCCCCAGAUUCAUGAUGAUGAAAAAACCCAGGCGGAGCAUAUUACUGCAGCGCAUGAUACUUGGGUUCAGACCACACAAGUAUUAGAAGAAAUGGAAAGGGAACUCGGAAUCUCUUAUCUAUCUGCAUUACCCACUACAGAGCGUCAAAAGUAUCAAAAAGAGGAUCUGUCAUUGGGUAAAAUCAACCGCGAAUUGAGCAGCAGCCUGCAGAAACGUCAAGAAGAACAGAUGAAAAUGGAAGCAGCCAUUUUGGAGAUGGAGGAGGACAAGAAAAGACUUCGAGAGAAGUUGGAUGAGCUGAAAAACAAAUGGCUGAUUACAGCUAGUUGUUCCCCUCCCAGAAGUCCAUCCUUGUCCUUUAUUAGGACGCCAAGCCCCCAUUGGGCAUCUCCUACGAUCCCUGCGUCUCCUCUUUUCUCACGUAGAAUGCCCAUCUCACCUCCUGGCUCUCCGUCCAGGCCAUCGAGAUCCAGUUCUGGCAGCUCAGUUCUGGAAACCGAGAGGGAGCAUCUCCAGAGGUCCUUGGAGAGACUGAAAGCAAGAAAUGAACGUCUGACAGCAGCUCUAGAGAGACGGAAGAGCGAGUCAGAGCAGGUCAGCAUAGCUCUGAGCCGCCAUGAGGCUGACUGCUCAGCUCUGCACAUGGCCCUCACAUACUGUGAAGAAUGUGAAGAGGCAUACUCUGAACUUUUGUCCCUGUAUGAAGCCAGGAAACGACAGAGUGCUGCGUUAGCAGAGGCAUCUGUCCCAGAACAAACUGGCAAUCUGAAUCCUGCUAAUGAGGAGUCAUCCUGUGACACACCAGUGACCACCCAGAACAGUUUGUCUCCAGAGGAGUUUGAAGAUAAGAUUAGAGCCAUUCAGCAGAGGAUUGCCCGUCUGAAGCAGGACAGGGCAGCAGUGUGUAUUCCACAGGAGACCAGGACAGGAGAAGGGAAGCUCAGCCCUGAUACAGGCACGCUGGCUGGAGCGAGGAGGCUAAGCUUUCUGGCCUUGAACAACCCCAAAGAAGAGAAAACAGCACUGCUGUAUGAAUUAGUCAGUGUCAGGGAGGAGAUGUCUGAGCUGCGGGGACUCAUCAGGCUGAAGGAGAAGGAACGUCGUUCUCUGGUGGCCCAGAGGUGUCAGGGCUCAGCUGGGACUGCUAUGGUACACAGCCUUCGAGUGGAACUGGAGGACAGGAGAGCAGAACAACAGAGGAUAGAGGAGCAUCGGACCAAGCUGGAAAGUGGAGCAGGAAUUCCUGGGCCAUGGUAUCAUGCCACCAUGAGAGAACUUCAGGCAGUACGACAGAGGGAGCAGGCACUGAAGAGGAGAGUGACAUCAUUGCGAGAGUUGCUGGACACAGCGAUGCAGAACUGGACCACACACAGGAGAGAAAACAAGGAGGAAGUGGUCCGCCUCUUGCUCUGUCACAAUAAAGCCAUGAGUGCAUAUAGGAGCGCUCGCAAAAAGCACCACGAGCAGCUGUGGAGGAUCGAGCGACAAAUGACAGCCAUGCAGGAACAUCAUGAGUCUCGACUGGCUGAACUCAAAACCACGUUGGAGGCGCUAGAGUGGAAGAAGGAGGAGACAGUGCUCUAAAACCCUAAUGAACAAUGUAAUGAACUAGAAUAUAACAGCAAUAAACUAUUUUAUCAACA